AUGGGGAAGCUCUGCCGCGGCAUCGUCCCCCUCCUCGCCUGGUUCUUCAUCGCCUUCCAGGAGGGUCGCGGCCACGCACAGCUCUGUUUUGGGGAUGCGGGGGGGGGGCUCUGCCCCUGCCCCAGCCUCCAGCCCCAUCUCUUUGCAGCAGCCCCGGCACAGAAGCAGCCCCGCAGCCACGCCGAGGAGCGCCUCUUCAAGCACCUCUUCACCGGCUACAACCGGUGGUCGCGGCCGGUGCCCAACACCUCCGACGUGGUCAUCGUGAAGUUCGGGCUCUCCAUCGCGCAGCUCAUCGACGUGGAUGAGAAGAACCAAAUGAUGACCACGAACGUCUGGCUGAAGCAGGAGUGGAGCGACUACAAGCUGCGCUGGAACCCAGCAGACUUCGACAACGUCACCUCCAUCCGGGUACCCUCCGAGAUGAUCUGGAUCCCUGACAUCGUGCUCUACAACAAGUGAGAUGGGGUGU